AUGGCCGUCGUCAGCCCGGCGAUCUUGACCACUCCGGCGGAUUCCGCAGCGGGCCUGGCGGUCUCAUGGGAAGCGUAUGCUAAAAAGUGCCACAGGAAAGCCGAGACAGCUUACAAGAAGGCUGUCAGAUCCCUCGAGUCAUAUCUCAACAAGGAGGAUGCAGCUGCCGUCAUAUCCAAGGGCAAGGAUGGCAAAGAGAUUGAUGCCAAGGAAGAGCUUCACCAGGUCGUUCGCACGAUUCAACAGACCAAGGAAACAAAGCUAGAAGAGGGAAAGACGAAGAAACUCAUCAAGUGUUUAGACCAUUACCAAGGCGUUUUUGAUAUCCUGUCGCAAGCAGAGUUCUCGGGCUUGCCACUAAUUUGGGGUGGCUUGAAGUUCAUACUACUGGUGACGAAGAACAACAAUGCUGUUCUACCCAAGGUAAUCGAUGUGAUGAUCGAUAUUGGCCGAAACCUCGAGAGAAUACGGGGAUACGCCGCCUUGUAUCCAACCCCACGAAUGCUAGAAUUCACGGCCGAACUUUACGCUGCAAUUGUGGAGUUCUUGGAGAAGGUCAUAAAGGAUGCGAAGAAUGCAGAAAAGAAUGUCCUCACAAUCGCCGACAACCCUACUGCAGAUGUGUUCCAAGCGAUUCGGAAGAAUCUGUUCAAAAAGUUUGAAGUUCAAGCGGGGUUCCACCAGGAACUGCAAGCCACAUACGAAGUUACAACGUCAAAAGAAUGGAUCGAGUGGUUCAAAAUGGAACAGAAAUACGUGCCAUCUGGAUACUCCCACGAGACGCGGGUUAUACAGGCAGAGUGCGACGCCCCAGAUCCUCAGCACGCGCUGGUCUGGAAGAAACAGCAGCGCAAGUUCGCUUCCCACGUCCCGUCGGUCUACCUGAUCUGGACCCGCGGUAUGACGGCGCAGUCGGCCAUCGCUUCACUCAUAGACCAGAUCCUGGUUCAGAAGACGGAAGUCAUGGCCGAUGCGGGAAUCGAAAUGGACCAGUUCAAAGAGGCCAACAAUAGCGUCAAGUCGCUAUGGAACUUCUUUCUCUACCUCACAACAGUCUUGGGCGGGUGCAUGGUGUACAUCACCAUCGGCUCCGUGGGAGACCACGAGUUCGGCAUCGUGAGGAAGUUUGUCAGCAUGGCGAAGACGUGGAAGGGCCCGCCCAUCAACGUAACGCUAAUUCACCCGUUCAAUGACAACUUUGCGCGGAUGGAUGAUGUCGUCAACCUCGACGAUAAGUACGAUGUCCAUCCGUCGCUCACGACGACAGACGCGAUGCACCAUGUACUGUUGCUGGAAAUCAACACAUCCAGGAAUGUUUCGGACACGAUCCAAAAUCUACUUUGGGAGACUGCGUGGCGGGAGGUGCGGUACGCCGUCAUCGGCAUCGCGCUCACGCAGGUGUUUGAGCAUAUACGCCUUGCGGCGAAAAAAGUUGGCCAAGAGGUGCUUGUGACUGAAGCACCCUUUACCGAGUCACAUUCCGAGCACUGGGAAGCUGCCGUGGCGAAAUGGACUUCCAACGAGUCGUGGAUCAACAUCUUGCGGGAGCAGAUCCAGCGACACAUCGACAUUGUCGACAUUCACUUACCCCCAGAUCGGAAGAGGUAUCUGGAGGAUAAGUUGGAACUGAUGGUGCUCAACGAAGAUGGCGAGUUUGGCUCGAAGCUGUCAACGGCCCAAAGGGCACAAAUCUGGGAGAACCUGCAAGACGCGAUUCGGCCAGGUACGGGUGAGAUGUUUUGUAGUAGAAUAGAAGAGCUGUUGCGAGCUUUGCUGGAAGAUUACCGCAACGCGAGCUCGGGGAGGAAUGGAGAAACAGCGGGGAUUUCUUACCCUCUCAUCAAUACGUAUUUCGGGAAGAGUGGGCGGUGGAAGGAUUCGUUCUCCGAGGAGCAGAAUUUAGUGGCGGACGGCAUUACGAACGCGAUUGAAAUUGGGUUCGGGAAUUUGAUUCAGGCGUUGGCAUCUCGGGAAGAUUCGGCGUAA